GUGGAAACUUUAAGGUUUUCUUCUAUAUAAAAGGCUCCUAACAAACUUAUCCCAAAACACAUUAAAGAAGGUUCAUCCUCAAGGAAGAGUGCCGUUCUCAAUGAGCUUCUCCAUGGGGUCAAACGAGAAGAGUGCUAAAGAGGAGAUGUACAUGUCGCAGAAACUACCACCACCUCCAUGUUCAUCCAAAAACACGAGAAUUUCCAACCAUGACGUGCAAAUUCCUCUCCCCCCUUGCGUGUUUCAGCCUCCCUCAAAAAGUUCUUCUAGAAAAGGGCUCAGGAGGCAAGAUCAAGAUGACCCUUUUUUGGCAGCUUUUAAAGAGUGCACCAAGACCCCUCACAAAGGUAAACUGCCCAAGAAAGAGGUUGGGUUUGGUUUCUCUUGCAAGCAAUCCUGCAGUGUUAGGGAUGGUAAUUUAGUUAGAAUUUCUCGAGUCCCCAAGGAGAAAGAAGAGACAAGGAAAGAAACGGGCAAAACAAAUGGAACUAAAUGUGAUCUUUGACACUUUCUUCAAUCCUGGGUUGUUUCUUGGAAUAUCAUAGAUUCUUUCGUUUGAUUUGUAUUAUAGGUGCGCAUAUACGUGAUGGCAUCAUCAUUAAUGG